CGCAGUAACUUGUCUUCUAUAUAAAGAUUGGCCUUUACAACCUGCUUAACCAUUAAGCAUUAAAAAAACCAAUCCCUGUAAACAAAGCAGACAAAAACCAUUGUCUCCGCUUUAGAUUCUUGGCUUUGGCUUUUUAUCUUUUGUAACGCUCACACACCAAACGCGUUAUUCUUUUUCUUCUGAUUACAAAAGAGGGAAGAAGAAGAAAGGAAAAGAAAGAAGCAAGAGUGAAAAAAAACAAUGGGAAAGGAUAGGAAAAUAGGCGUGGCAAUGGAUUUCUCAAAGAGCAGCAAGAACGCUCUAAAAUGGGCUAUAGAUAAUUUGGCAGACAAGGGUGACACCCUUUUCAUCAUCCACAACAAUCCCAACCGUCUCGACGAGUCUCGCGGCGAGCUUUGGGCUCAAUCUGGCUCUCCUCUUAUUCCUUUGUCUGAGUUUAGAGAACCCGAGGUUAUGAAGAAGUACGAUGUUCAGACUGAUAUUGAAGUUCUUGAUACGCUUGACACUGCUUCGAGACAGAAAGAGGUGAACAUUGUUACGAAAUUGUACUGGGGAGAUGCAAGGGAGAAGCUUCUACAGGCUGUUGAAGAUCUGAAGCUGGACUCUCUAGUAAUGGGAAGCAGGGGACUUGGUACUAUACAAAGGAUUAUUCUGGGGAGUGUGAGCAACUAUGUGAUAACACAUGCUUCUUGCCCUGUGACUGUAGUCAAGGAUUCAAGCGUUGGCCAGCACUGAUUUUACUGAUUUGGAUUUGGAUUUUGAGUUACGUAUGGUAUCAAUAGCAUGAGCAAUGUUAUAUUUUAUGUUUUCCUGAAUUUAAGAUAACUUUUCUCUUGGGACUAUUAUUGAAAACCAAAUAGAUGGAUAUGUAUUCCCCUUAUCAUCAAAUAUGAAGAAUAAUUUACUUGGUCAUGGCA